UCUCAUCAGAAGCAUCUUGGCAGAACAGCCUUGUCGUAUUUCUUGCUUGCAUCUGCUGAUCGCACAAAGUGGAGCUGAUCCAGUAUGUGACCAGUUCUCUCGUGAAACCCUGCUGUGUCAAAUUUUCAUGUCCCCAUUCUAGGGAUUCUGCUUCUCUCUCGUAAAGCGCUGUUGUGCCAGAUUGUUAUGCCAAUCUUUUUGGAGUUUUGCUUCCCUAACAUUUGGCUGUGAAUACCUUAUGCUUGUUCCUUAGCCACCGAAGAUGUGUUUAAAUGCAGGCAGGAGGUUUCCCGGUCUUACCUGAUGCUGCGGCGUAUUAGGACAGAUUGCUGUCAGACUCUCCUAUGGUACCCAGGCUUCAUUCUCUGCAUCUCAAGAAGUCCUGCAAUAUAAAUUAUGGCUGCUGUGGUGGAAGCCGGAAGCAAUGCAUGUGACUCUCGAGCAGGAGGAUCCCUUUGACAAUUUGGCAGGACCUUCUUUGCUGCUUCCUGAUUUGCUUGCUGUCUACUCCGAAGUACACAGGCUAUCCCCUCUGAGAUGGUCCACUAUCAUGCUCUCUACCUGCAAGAUUUGACCACGGGCAUCGCUUAAGUGAUAUCGAGUUGGUAAACGAAAUGGAUUUGGAUAUCAAAUGAUGAAAUGUGUCCAUGAUUAUAUUCUGCGAGUUUCUUUAGAGAUGUAUCUUAGUUCUGAAGCUUUAAUGGAAUAUGACAGCGCGGGCUUCAAUUCGGUGGACGGUUUUUAGAUGAAGCAGCAAAUAGCCGUGGGUGGUUGGGCUACACUCCGCCGACCCCGGCUACGGUGAACCCACUCCUACCCAACAGCUCCUUGCCGGAGACAGCUACAAGUGGGUGGCACAUGACUGCGAACUUAACAAUGUGGGCCCUGGAGGUACGGUGGGACCAAAGUGUUUGCUAGUAGCAGCCGAAGCCGAAGAGCAGCGUCGGUCAAAGAUCGCUCGGCUGACCGCCACGGGAGGAAGACGAGGCCACCGGCUGUUCCAACAUCGAACAGCGUCACAGGGGAAGUCCACCGACGGCUGUGUUCUUCUUCCCCUCCAUGGUGGGUCCCCCUCGGGAUCACAGCGCCACCACCAGGUCUUCCUUCCGAGACCCCUGACUCGAGCGCGACAGCCGGUCCUCUCUCCACCAGUGGCAGAGAGGCGUGCCACAGAAAACACAUCCCCAGAACGAGCGCCACAGCCUGCGUUCUUGGUCUCGCCAACAAAGAGAAAGAAAAUAAGAAGAAGAUAAGCGUGGCUCGCCCGAUGCCCUGAUGCGAGUCGAGGUAGAGGCUUAGGUCCCCAGUAAUCCAAGGAUUUUGUUCACAUAGCAUAAGCUGCAACCAUCUCUUUGUAAGGUUGAAGACAACCGGAAUCCUGUCCUCUGCAGCCAGGAAAUGACCGGCAUGGAAGGUCUGCAUAUUUUGGAAGACAGAAAAGAAAGGAGAUCAGAUGUGGAGAACUCUGAGGAUGAAAGAAGAAGAUUGACCAUAGGAGCUUUAAAGAAAAAGGCGUUAAGUGCUUCUUCACGGUUCACCCACUCUCUCAAGAAACGAGGGAAGAGGAAGGAUGUUCACAGGACUUCUUCUGUUUCGAUUGAGGAUGUCAGGGAUGUGGAAGAGGAACGUGCUGUCUACACAUUUCGCAAGGAGCUAAUUUCUAGGGAGUUGCUGCCAGAGAAACACGAUGACUAUCAUAUACUGCUCAGGUUUUUGAAAGCUAGAAAAUUUGACCGUGAGAAAGCAGUUCAGAUGUGGGUUGAUAUGCUUCAUUGGAGAAAGGAAUUUGGGACAGAUACAAUUUUGGAGGAUUUUAUGUUUGAGGAGCUGGAGGAAGUUUUGCGACAUUAUCCUCAAGGCUACCAUGGAGUUGAUAAAGAGGGAAGACCUGUUUACAUUGAGAGGCUUGGGCAAGUGGAGCCAAAUAAGCUUAUGCAUAUCACUACUGUAGAACGGUACAUAAAAUAUCAUGUCCAGGAGUUUGAGAAAGCUUUUCAUGAAAAGUUUCCUGCAUGUUCAGUUGCAGCAAAGAGGCAUAUUGACUCAACAACCACUAUUUUGGAUGUGCAUGGUGUGGGCUUGAAGAAUUUCAGCAAGACAGCAAGAGACCUCUUGCUCAAAAUGCAGAAAAUUGAUGGAGAUUACUACCCUGAGACUCUACAUCAGAUGUUCAUUGUCAAUGCCGGUCAUGGUUUUAGGCUACUCUGGAACACUGUAAAGGGUUUUCUUGACCCAAAAACAACAUCAAAGAUACACGUAUUGGGAACCAAGUUCCAAGGUACAUUACUUGAAGUCAUUGAUUCAAGUCAACUUCCAGAUUUCUUGGGUGGCUCAUGUACAUGCGCUGCUGAAGGAGGGUGUUUGAAGUCCAAUAAAGGACCUUGGAAUAAUCCUAACAUCAUGAAGCUUGUGCAAAAUGCUGAAGCAGCAUCACUUAGGCAUACUAGACGUAUGUCGGAUGGGGAUGAAGCAUUCGCAGGGCCAUAUCUUUUGAAGGGAAGAAGUAGUGGUACAUGGACACUUGAAUCUGGAUCAGAUGUUGAUGAUCUUGCUUCUAGGACUGUUGAGCAUAGUCGUUUAGCUCCAGUCUGUGAAGAAGUCAGAGCAAGAGAUUCAACAGCUUACCAUAGUUGUGAUGACCAUAUUGUUGUGGUUGACAAAGCUAUAGAUUGUGGUAGAAGAGGAGUACAAUCUAAUAAAGGAAUCUUGGAUUUUGAAAAUCAAGGACGGAGUUCAUAUGACAUCGCAACACCAAAUCCACAAGAUCUGUUGUUCUCAGAUAGUCUGAGCAUUGGGAGUCGCACUAUCACCAGGGAGGAUUCAGGAGAAAGAUUUUUUCAGUGGCUUGCAAGAGUAUUGAUAGCUUUCUUAAUCAAAAUUCUGUCAUACAUUCAUGUUAUUGGUUUUAGAGAGGGAGGGCUGAGCAACAUUCAUCCCUCAGAUGCUCAAAAUACUGCUGCCCAGUGCAGCCUAUCUAUGGAAAAUAUUGAAGAUCGUUUGAGUCCCUGUUUGGAACGCCUUCAGAGGUUAGAAAUGAUGUUUGAUGAGCUAACAAACAAGCAUGCUGAGAUUCCUUUUGAGAAAGAGCGUGUCCUGCUCGAAUCUUGGGAUCGAAUAAAACAUAUUGAGUUUGACCUUGAAAAGACUAAAAGGGUCUUGCACGCCACAGUUAUGAAGCAACUGGACAUUUCUGAGUCAUUAGAUGCAAUGCAGGACUUAAAACUUCGGAAGAGGAUAUUUUGUUGAACUCUGGAUGCGAUUACGUUGAGCUGGGCGUACCUGAUGCUACGCAGCAUAGGCAAAAAUUUCAGAAGCUUGAGAUGCUGGGGCUUUCGCAGCGGUCAUGGAUGCAAGCUAACAUCAAGCAUACCUCGUUCUACUUGUUGCUUUGUUUGUUUGGGGGUGGAAGGGAACAGGGCGGUCUUGCUAGCUCUGAAUACAGAUCACUCAUGAAUUGAUACUGAAUACCUUCAUAGUCAUGAAUUAGAGGUGAGGUGCAGAUGGAAGGGAAAUAAAACAGAUGAUGAAGGAUGUUUGUAUGUAGAGUUUGACAAUGCAGUGAAAUACCAAUUUUGUCGUACGCAAUAGCUUCAUAAUUAUUGUCGACUUCUAUUGUUGUUUGUGUCUAAUACAAAGAAUUCUCAUUUUAAUUGUCUCUUAAUUCGCUA